CCAACACUAUGACGCUUCUCUUGCUGCAUGCCUUGCUGCUGGCAAGUGCAGCUGCGGCAGCAGCAGCAGCAUCUGAGGCCGGCGACACUGCAGGCGGCAACGCUACUGCAGGCGGCAACGCCACCACGGCUCAAGGCCUAUGCAACGGCGCCGGGUGCCAGCCACCGCCGCAGCCGCUACCGAUCUACGGCGGCCCUCCGCCGUCGCCGCCGUCGACGACGCCGCCCUCCCCGGGCAUGCAGGCGCCGUGCCCGCCGGUGACGCCCGUUUGCUGCGGCGGCCAAAACACGCCUCAGCAGCCGUACUACCAAGCGCCUCCGAUCGGCUACCUUCCCUACUACAACUAGUCUGCUUCUUCGGUGCUCGUGCCACCGACUCCGGUCGCCGCCGUUGCGUAUUACGUGAUCGUACCAUGUCUCUUGCUUUGGGUUGUGGUGUAACGGUGAUCACUGAAGCCUCGUCCAACAUCAAGAGAAGAUUGGGCUCCACAUACAAAAAAAAAAAGCUGUACUAGAAGCAGGGGUACGUCUUGCCAUGCCGUUUUUCUCUGUCGUUGUAAAGCCGGUUCUAUAGCGGAAGUAUCUUUCUCAC